GUUUGAAAAUGGAAAUUCCCUAUCGGUAUUCCUUAAAUGUUCGCGCUCGUAGAAAGUGUUCUAGGUUAAUAGGGCCUCCCCGUGUUUAUUCGCAUACAUUUCAAUUUUAUUUAAACGUGACAAUUCCGAAAUCUUUUAAAGAUUUCAAAACCAAGAAAUUGGUUUAAAAAAUUAAUAAAAAUUUAAGAAAAUUAAACUCGAAAGUGUCAAGGAACCGAAACAAAGGUUGUGUCUUUAUCCUGUUGCAAAAAAUGUAGGAAAUUUGGACUUUAUUGUUUAAAAAUAUUCUCACACGAUUUUUAUUACGUCAUAAAAUUAACCAUAAAAAAAUACAAUAUUCGAAAAUAUAUUUUUUUUCGUUACGUCACUAUGAUUUGGAUUUUUAUAAUACAAAUGACGUAGACAAUUGACUCCUUUAUUUCAACUGUUUACGUGUCUAAUGAAUUAUUUAUGCUAUAGGUGUCGUUUGCGUGUUUUAAGUUUUUCGUCAAUGUCAUAAUUUACGUACUUUUUUUAUAUAUUUUUUUGUAGGUUAAUCGAAGUAAGUUACUCGGUUUAUAGAUUUAUUACGCAAAUGUUCUAAUUUAUCGUAUAAAACCGAAAAAGGAAUCUUGAAAGUUGGCAUUCUUGUAUUAAUCUUUUCCCCCUUCCUCCCUUUGCUUCGUGUGAGGCGGGUCAAUUUUUUUUUGUGUUUUUACUUGAUCCCCAUUAGCAAAGUUUGGGGAUAAAGUAAAUCCAAAAAGGAAAUGUGUUUUCGUCACUUAUUAACUAACUCUGCGUGCCAGACGGGCCUUUCACCCCACUUCACGUGUGCCAGGUGAAAGAAGUUUCGUUGCCAGUUUCUGUGUCUGGAAAGGGAUCGGUAACGAAUUUUUCUGUGGUCUGAACACGUGUUCCUUCACUCGUCAUCCCUAUUAUGUAGCUUGGAGAGGGAGGCGGAAACUCUUUUGUUGCUUAUCGAAUUCUUCUCUAUCCGGUUAAUCCAGAUUGAUGGAGCCGCGAAAUAGUUACGUAGCGUAUUAUAUUCUGUAGAUAGAUAAUUUAACAUCAUUUUUUCCUUUCUUCACGAUUCUAAUUGCAUUCGUAACUCGAUCAUCAUUGGUUUAACAGCUGGGCGAAUUCUCGUGUACGCGUUACAUAAUCUUCAUUGUGCACUUACACUCUGCUCGGAUUGCAUUUUUAUCUUCUUGUUUUUUCGAAAAUUGCUCCUUAAAAUGGAAGACGAGUUCCUAAUAAGUCGUCACAAACAAUCGAAACUGGAUUAUUACGUGUACGUGACGAAACUGGUACGAUACGUUUCGGUUGCGUAAAACACGUUAAAUUUAAUGUUGUGGAGGACGUUCGACUCGACGUUUUCGAGAUAAGUAACGCGUUUUAAAUGUUCGUAACAAUAAUAAUGAUAAUUGAAGGUUUUAAAAAAGCGGGAGAUAACGAUAAGGAAGGGGAGGAGCUGACUGAUAAAAGGAAACAAACCAAAUUUUUAUAGUCGUAUUAUCUGAAUGGAAGACGUUUCUUAAGCUGUUCUCGAGGAUUUUCGGGUAUUGUAUCGAGUUACUUUACGGUUGUAUUCUGGUUAUUUUUAGAUAACAUAACCACAUUUAUUUCUGUAGUACCACGCUGAGAUAUUACGCGUUACAACGGCAUUGCAUCACGUCUUCUAGAUAUAAAAGUAAUGGGAGAUCCACAGCUUAAUUCUUCAGAAUUCUUUCCACUCAUUGUAGGAGAAUUUAAGAAGUUUCUCGUACUUAAAAUGGGUCGACCCAAUUUUAAGGACGGAUCCAAAUUCGCCGAUUAUUUAUUUACAUUCUGAUAUAACAAUGCCAGAGAUGAGACCCGGCGGUAUGUGUCUGACCUUAAUGACGUACGCUCGAGUGAGUUUCCCAACAACAAACAAUCCGCGGACGUAGCGAAUCAACUAUCGAAUAUAAUUUCGAUAAUAAUUGCUCCACUUAUCAUAGAGAAGAACUUCUAGGGUUCAGAUAAACUACUUAGAGCGAGCGCUCGGUUCCCACUCGAAACAAUCCAAAGACAAUUCACUUAUCACUAAUGAUAAAGUGCGACAUCCUAGGCAAGGGAAAGGUCCCUUCCACGAACUAGUAGAGUCCAGUCUUCCGUUUAUUCCCAUGUUUUCGAACGUGUACAGUGGUUUCAGGUUCGAUAGUUAGGCGCGGUUCGUUGUUUACGAAGUAAGUAUUUAUGCACUCGUGUAGUGUAGGUUACUUAUCCAUCUUCAUCCCCGCUUCGAAUUCACUCCAUUCAUCUGUUUCAGUUCGUUAAACGAUGGAUACAUUUAUUUAAAAACGAAGAGAAACAGACGUUAAACGAGGUUUUAAACUUUGCUAUUACAUUCGAUGGGCGCCAUUAUUUCUCCGUCCUAAAUUCGCACAUAAAUUGCAAAAUUUGCAUUUAUUAGAUUAAUACAUUCAGUAAAUUACUUGCGUAUGUAUUUUUGAUUCGUUAAUAGCUAAAGGUUGAGUAAUCUGUUACGAGAUAGCUUUCGAAUUAAAUCUAAAUAGGAUGUUUCCUUUUAUAAAUAAUACGCUUCUACAAUUCGAAACCAAUGUGAAAAUACGUACACAUUUAAAAUUUUGAAUCGAGGAAACACAGAAUAACAAAGAAAAAUCCACCAAAGAUAUCCUUUAAUUUAUUAAAUUGUUUAUUUAAUUACGUGCUUAUUGAGUUAAUAAAAUUAUCGCUAGGUAAACAAACGUAAGUAAGUCGAAUAACGUAACGAAUUAUAUUUGUAGACGUAAUUUUUAAGGAAACACUUUCGGCCUUUUGUAUACAGGAUGACGACAUUAGGAAAACCGCGAUCCGUAAUUAGAAUUGUCAAAGCGUAACUACAGGAAGUGCCAAUCGAGUCCAUCUGCAAACCUUCACUUGCACUGAUUAACAUCUGCAGAUUUAUCCAAAAGAGCUUUUAACUUCGACGUUUCGUCUUUGUGUUACGCUCGCAGAUGUUUACAGCCCUUGGAUUAUUCUUACCAACGUUUCUAAUUCCUAUUUUUAUCUAUAAAAUAGUCUGAGAACGUAGAUUUGCCCCUAAAAUUUAAUCAACUUCUUAUCUGGUUUUAAUCGUAACAAUUUAAUUUGGUAGAAUAAAUUGUAACAAAAGAUUGUAAUUUAAAAAUACAUGAAUAAUAUGGACAGACUUAUCCUGAACAAUGGAUUUGUAACUGGAGUAAAUGAUGUUUCUACCUGUACACGUCAUAUUAUAUAGCUUAUCACGCUCCCUUGUUUAUUCAGUAUUAUAGUAAUUAAGAGUUUCCGGGACACUGGGUGACGGUUCGUUACUCUAUUGUAACGUAAAUUAUCAACACAGAUUAUGAACGAUUCGAAGUUUUUGUUAAACGUCACGAAAGUUUUAACUAUCAACUUGUAGAUCACUGUACAGUAAUGGGUAUUUAGAAAUUUACUUUUAGCUCCUAUAUAAUUAGGCACGAGACUAAUAUGCAAGUACGCUGUUAAAAUUUCGGACCUAGUUUUGUCAAUGGAAAAGCUAAAAUCAUUGUUUGAAAAUCGGAUAAAUGGCUUCACAAUUCUUAGUAUUUCAGAAGUUUACAAACUGAGAUUAAGAUCUGUUAGGCCUAUGACUUUUGACAGUUAAGUGACUAUCUCCCCCUCUACUAUUGUAUUCUUCCAAUGUCAUUGGGGCUUACUCGGCUGUUUUAUGCGACGUUAGUCAGGUGUGAUAGAACACCUGCACGAUAUGUACGUAUGUUGAACACGUGACGGCAGAGUAGACAUUUUGAUGUACACAUCGCCACUUUUUCUCGCUUCAUGCUGGUGAAUGUUCGUUGUGUGUACCCCGCAGACAGGAACGUACCGUGGAUUCUCCACCUUACUUCGUGUCAGGUCGAUUUACAAGUGAAACAGUCGGGGAAGUCGGUUCGAGUGCAGACGGAUAAACCUCAUUUGGUCAGUUUAGGUGGAGGAAGGUUAAGCACGGGUAUAACUAUCCACCCGUUACCAGAAGGCACGACGUAUGUAGGACGAGUGGAUGCAGGAAGACCUCAGGAUAUAAUUAUCCAAGGCAACGGAGCCGAGAGGGAGCAUUGUGUCAUCGAAAACACAGAAGGGAUUGUGGUGCUUUAUCCUCUCUGCGGAUCUGUAACCGUCGACGGUAUCAAAGCCGAUUCUCCCGUUCGUUUGACACAAGGUUGCAUGCUGUGUUUCGGCAGAUCUAAUCAUUUUCGUUUCAACCAUCCUCAACAAGCCAAACAAAUUAAAAAGAUUUUACCGAAUGGAGAUAUUUCUGUCGUUCCCGCCGUUCAACUCAGAGAUAUCGGCGAGAUACAAGAGUUGAGUUCCUCUCGAGAGGGAUCCAAGAAGAAGAGCCAACAGAAUAUGUCUUCCGGCUUGGAUAGAGAUAGGGAGGUGUGGGACAGCGUCGACUUUGUGGAUAAAGUGUCGAAAUUUGAAUAUCUAUCCCACCGGAACCCAACGGAUGACAAAUCCUCACGCGAUAGCGGAUGUUCGGACGUUUCAUGGCCAACUAGUCCUUGCAGAACGGGCAUUUCGACCCCGGAACACAGUCCUGGGUGUAUCAUUCUUCAACAAUCUCAUUUCAGCAGCUCUACUACUUUUGAUUCCUCUUCCAGUCGUAUCGCUUUAAAUCGAGAAAACGAAAUCGAGCGUGAAAAAAGAAAGUUUCUGAAAGACCUUUAUGGCGGAACAAGAACUCAAGGGAUGCCUUCGCAACCAGAAGUUAACCAUUUACCCAAAGAUAGCAAUAUUUAUUGUCAGGAAACGUCAGGAAAUACAGAAAAUGUCAUCGAUUCGCAAAAGGCUUUAGAUGGUGCAAACGAUGUAAAAACGAGCGAGGAUUUGCCCCUCGUAGACAAUAAUCACUAUCGUUAUCCCUCGACCUGUGCCCAGUCUCCUCCUCACCAGAAACGCAUCAAAACCAAUGGUUCUCUACCUCGUCAUAGCAACCACUCCAGCAUGGACGGGAUCGACGAAUGUGCCAGGAUACGUCCACCUGCGAGUCGAUACCAAUUCUCUCCGAUUUCCUCGCAGAUGCCGACUGCCGCAUCCAACCACAUUAAUAAAGAUUCGCAGCUUCUGACUCAUCACGUGACUCAAUGCGAAAAGAACAUGUCAUCUGUACAGGAGAAAAUCAAAGAAUUAGUAGAAAUAAGGGCUCGGUGCUGGAAGGCCAUCUCGGAAUAUCAGAGAAACAUGGAAGAGUUAGUGGUACAAGAAAACGAGACACUACAUGAAUUAAACAUGGAACACGCAUUGAUAGCCGGAGAAGAAUUGGAUGAACAAGGAAACCAAGAAAAAGAAAUUGAAGAAUUGGAAAAUCUUUAUCAAAAGAAACAAAUUUGUGAAGAGACUUUAAAUGGUAACGAUAGUGAAAAGAAAGCCAAUGAAGAAGACUGUAAAGAUACUUUGGAUGAAAAAAGUGUAUCAAACUUGGAGACUGAGAUUAACACGCUAAAGAGUUCAAUAUGUGAAAGGAAGGGCAGAUUAAAAGAUUUAAUGCAGCAGCAGGAUAUUUUGGUCAAACAGUUGAAAGAAGAGAGGCAGAGUCUUCAGAAACAAAAAGAUCAAUUGACUCACUACCUGCAACAGGAAAUGGGUAAACUUAAGAGGAUAGAAGAAGAGUUGGAAAGCUUAAAUCUGCUUAAUUCUUUUGAUAUAGAUGACUUGAAGGUUAGUUGCUUAAUUCAAGAAGGAAAUAAAUUUGAAAGAGAAAAAGGUAUAGAAAGAGAUGCUGAAUAUUCGGCAGAACUUUUGGAACCGGACGAAGCACAGAAGAGGACCUCUGAUCUUUGGACUGGCAGUGAUGGAAUCUAUGAGGGUAGCAGUGCAAUAACUUCUGACUCAGAUAUCACCGACUGUACAGAAAAUGGGAAAACCAGAAGAGAAUCGUUGGUCAUUGCUAAUCCAGAUGAUAGCUGCAUCGAUUACGACAAAAGUCAAAACGAAGAUGCGGGCGAAAGGAAGAACAAGAAUGCACAGCGUCCUUUAACGCGCUAUCUACCAGUAAGAGGAGGUGAUAUCGAUCUUCGUAGACACAUCGAAUCGGCGGGCCACCAAAUAGUCUUGUGUCACCACGUUGACAUCACCACUUCCACCUGCAAAGGAUAUCUCCAAGUUUUGACUGGAAGAUGGAGAAGCUGGAAAAAACGUUGGGUGGUAUUCGAUCGACGUCAGAAAACAUUAGUGUUCUACUCAGAUCGGUCCGAAAAUAAACUAAAAGAUGGAAUAACAUUCCAGUGCAUCGAAGAAGUAUAUGUGGAUCACGAACAUUCAUCUCGCAGCCCGAACCCACGUUCUACUUUUUGCGUGAAAACUGAUGAUCAGCUCUACUAUCUGGUGGCUCCCAACUCCGAAUCGAUGCGGAUCUGGGUGGAUGUCAUCUUUACUGGCGCCGAAGGUUACAGACAUUUCAUGCCAGGUUUUGAUCCAUGAAAAUGUCUACUAAUUAUUACAGGAUAACGAAUUGGAACUGGAGCAUAUCUUAACGAUGUUCCGAAUUUAUGGUACAAAUGGAAGACGGGAUAGAAGAGAUGCCAAAUUUAAGACCUCGUAUCAUUGGUCAUCUCGUCUUUAAAUACCUAAUAGAGCUUUUGUUAUGUUCGAAUGAAAGCGACUUUGUCGCUCUCUACUUAAAGCUGCCUUAUCGAAGAUAAUUAUUCUGUAUUUUAAUUAUUUAAAUUGUCGACCCCACUCGUGUGGGCGGUCGUUUUUAUCACGUAACAAUUUUCCUAAGAGGUACAUUAUAAUAGGACUUCACAGAAAUGAUGUAAAAUUUUUACCCUUAAAUUAUUGCAUGGAAUUUUUUUUAAUUAUUAUCCCUUGUAUUAAACAUAUUAACGUACUGCUUAUACGUGAUGGAAAGCAGAAAUUAGCCAAAAUUCAGGUUACUAUAUUAUACUAGAGCUAUAUAGAUAUAUACGUGCAUGAAGUAUUAUUAAUCCUCCUUUUUUUUUGUUAGAUAUUUAUGCUAUG